UCUUCGAUGACCCUUAAGCUUGAGGACUACUCCACCCCUGGCCCGAGGGCUUUUGUUUGUUGCUUCGUUGUCCACAAGAGGUGCCAUGAGUUUGUUACCUUCUCCUGCCCAGGGGCCGACAAGGGACCUGCCUCCGACGACCCUCGGAGCAAACACAAGUUCAAAAUCCACACCUAUUCCAGCCCAACCUUCUGCGAUCACUGCGGCUCUUUGUUGUACGGACUUAUCCACCAGGGGAUGAAAUGCGACACCUGCAUGAUGAACGUGCACAAGCGCUGCGUGAUGAAUGUGCCAAGCCUCUGUGGGACAGACCACACUGAGCGCCGAGGCCGGAUACAUAUCAAGGCGGACAUUGAGAACGAGGUCUUGACGGUUUUCGUACGGGAUGCUAAAAAUCUUGUUCCAAUGGAUCCCAAUGGCUUGUCAGACCCAUAUGUGAAGCUCAAACUCAUACCUGACCCAAAAAGCGAGAGCAAACAGAAGACUAAAACCAUCAAAUGUUCUCUGAACCCUGAGUGGAAUGAGACCUUCAAAUUCCAGUUGAAAGAGUCUGACAAGGGCAGGCGACUGUCGGUGGAGAUCUGGGACUGGGAUCUGACCAGCAGAAAUGACUUUAUGGGAUCUCUGUCCUUUGGCAUUUCAGAGCUGCAGAAAGCCGGAGUGGAUGGCUGGUUUAAGCUCCUGAGCCAGGAAGAGGGAGAAUACUUCAACGUCCCUGUCCCUGCUGAAGGUGAAGAAGGCAGUGAAGAAUUCAGGCAGAAGUUUGAGGUGAUGCUUUCGGAAAGGAAAGGAACAGAUGAACUUUAUGCCGUAAAGAUUCUGAAGAAGGACGUGGUCAUCCAAGAUGACGAUGUGGAAUGUACCAUGGUGGAGAAGCGAGUGCUGGCCCUGGCUGGAAAGCCCCCCUUCCUCACACAGCUUCAUUCUUGCUUCCAAACCAUGGACCGCUUGUAUUUUGUGAUGGAGUACGUCAACGGUGGUGACCUCAUGUACCAGAUCCAACAGGUUGGGCGAUUCAAGGAGCCCCACGCUGUGUUCUAUGCAGCCGAGAUCGCCAUGGGCCUUUUCUUCCUGCACUGCAAAGGGAUCAUUUAUCGAGACCUGAAACUUGACAACGUGAUGCUGGACUCCGAGGGCCACAUCAAAAUUGCUGAUUUUGGCAUGUGCAAAGAGAAUAUCUGGGAUGGAGUCACCACCAAGACUUUCUGUGGCACGCCCGACUACAUUGCUCCCGAGAUAAUUGCCUAUCAACCCUAUGGGAAAUCGGUGGACUGGUGGGCCUUCGGCGUCUUGCUCUAUGAGAUGUUGGCAGGGCAGGCGCCUUUUGAAGGAGAAGAUGAAGAUGAGCUCUUCCAGUCGAUCAUGGAGCACAACGUGGCCUAUCCCAAAUCCAUGAGCAAAGAAGCCGUGGCCAUCUGCAAGGGGCUCAUGACCAAGCAUCCAGCUAAGCGGUUGGGGUGUGGCCCGGAAGGAGAACGGGAUAUCAAGGAGCACGCCUUCUUCCGAUAUAUUGAUUGGGACAAACUCGAGCAGAAAGAAAUCCAGCCUCCCUUCAAGCCCAAAGCUUGCGGACGCAAUGCUGAAAACUUCGACCGGUUUUUCACUCGCCAUCCACCUGUCUUAACUCCACCUGACCAGGAAGUCAUCAGGAACAUUGACCAAUCAGAAUUUGAAGGCUUUACCUUUCUUAACUCUGAGUAUUUUAAGCCUGAAGUCAAGAGCUAAGUAGACCAUCCUCCCCCCCCCCCCCCCCCCAACCCCAACCCCUUGCACACCCAUGGCCAUCUCCAUUUGGUCCCGGCUGCUGUGUGGUGGCAUCCUCUGUUGCAACCAUUAGCUGUCUUGCUUUGGAUAUUUUUACUUUCUUUUGUGGUGAUACUGGAAUGACCAUCCUUCAAGAGACUUGAGCUGCAACCAAGUGUGGUUGCAUCCGUGGCAUAAGGGAGGAGAAAGAGCACCUGGAGUGUUAUGGCUGUGAGUCUAAAGAUCAGGUCCUCUUGGAGGUUUAGCAGGAGGCCAGAGUUGGAAAGACCCGCUUCCUUUAAAGUUAGCGAAACGCCUCUGGAUCUUGAGCACCUGUUGAUGGUGCUCCCCUCUUCUCCUCCGCCCCACUUGGCUUCUUCCCAAGGAGGCAGUCCGCAAAAGGAGUGGACGUGGUCUGGCUUUGCAAAAUGGAACUUGGCUCAGCUCCUUUGUCCCUUGCAGAAUCGCGAGCUUAGAGGGACGCUGCCUCCUUGUCUUAUUGCGACUUUGAUGUGAAACCCAUCCAGACAGAGACACCUCUCUGUUAUUUCCAUGGCACCUGCAAAAACCCCGAUGACUCAGAACUGGCUGUCAGAAGCCUUUGGGUACCGCCUGCAUUUAGUCCCCAAACCUCAGUUAAUCCGUGAAGCCUGUCAGUAGAUGCUCAUACUCCAGGCUGUUUAUUAUUCUUAUUCCCAGGAAUCCUAGGGGAUUGAGAUGGGGGGCUGGGACAGCCUCCAGACCCUUUGAAGGAAUCCAUGCCAGUUAGAUGGGGUGAGGGAGGCAGGAGGAGGCAGCUUCUGUCCCCAUGGGGGCCAUGUUUGAAGUUACACAGCCCCCCUCCAGGAAUUCCACAACACCCACCGUCAGUUGUGUCAUUGCCCAUUUCUCAUGUUCUUCUUAACUAUUCCGUUUAUUCGCAUUAAUAAAGUCACACAUAAAUGAAGUCCUGGAAGUGGAUCUGGCCUUCCCAAGGCUAACCGAAAAUCAUAUGCAGAGACAAACGCUGUCUGAUCUCACCCAGCAAGGCUGACGACAUCGUGGUAGAUAGCUGGGAACAUUUCCUGGGGGAAUCCCUGGAUGGUCCCAGCAUGGAGGAGAGGGAGUCCCAAGAGUCUCAGAUGGAAGAAAAGAGGACGAAAGAUACUUCCUGGCUUGUUCAGUUCAGAGAAAAACGGGCACCUGAAAGAAUGGAGAAACGCUGCCCAUGUUGGACCAAGUGACCUGGCACCGUAGAAGGUGGGAUUCAGCUGCAGGGGAGGGAAAGGGAGACCAGGAAGGUCCUCCAGAGCUGGCCAGAAGCCCUGAUUUGGUUUUCGGUGCUAGAAGAGAGGAAAAUGAGAAGGGUCCCCCUGGGGAGGGGGAAUUGACUGCUGGAAUUGAGUUUUUAUGGAGUUUUUAUUGUUCCUUUAGCUCAGGUUGCCCUGCCCUGAUAAGCAAAACGUGACCACUUUGUCUCAGGAGGCCCCAGCCUGGCCAUCAAAAUUCCCAUCUUGGAGUCAAUGGUCAACCUCGUAUCUACCAUUCCAUGUUAGUUUUUAUGUUCAAUUCAUAUCAACCCUGUGUGGCACCUUUGCAACUAUUUUGGGGGAGGGGGGGAGGGGGGAAGGGGUGCCAUUUGUCCAGCUGCCAAAUUAACAAAUUCCAUAUGUCCCACCGUGCUUUAUCUGUGUCAAAAAAUUAGUAUUUUACUAAAAUUAAGCUGAUAUUUAAAAUCCAAAAAGUUUGUGUGUAAUUUGACUGAAGCUGUAAAAUAUUUUUGUUCCGGCUAAUGUUCUUCAUAGAAUAAGAAAUAUUUUCUGUUGGAAUUUGAAGUUGUCUAUGUUUCUGAGAAAAAGAGAAAGAAAGAAAGAAAGAAAGAAAGAAAGAAAGAAAGAAAGAAAGA